AUGCCACGCCUCUCCUGUCGACGAGCGCUCGAGCUGAAAGCAGAGCUGGCGGAGACCCGGGCUGAGGUGAUCACUCCCGGGGAUGGCGAUUAUACUGAGCGCGUUGGGUGUCUCGAUUUGGGGGGCAUUGAGGCUGGUGCCCUCGUGCAUGUCACCACCACUGACGAGGUUUCACAAGUCGUCCGAUAUGCUGCGAAACAUCAUAUCCCCUUGUUUAUUCACGGUGGAGCUUUUCCGACCGACAGAUCUGCGCUCGCAGAGGGAGGUAUCGUCGUCAGUCUGACGCGGAUGCACAAAGUCCUCCUCGAUCCGGCGUCGCGCACGCUGGCCGCCCAAGGAGGGGCCACAUGGGCGGAUAUUGCACACACUGCGGCUGCAUCUGGUUUUACGAGUGGGAAAUAUCCUGGAAGUGCGACUAGCGAUACGGAGAGCGCUGGUGGGACAGGGACUGGGUGGUUGGCUGGCGAGCAUGACUCGGCUGUGGACAAUCUCUUGAGCGUCAAAUUGGUCUUGGCCGAUGGCAGCAUCGUGACGGCCUCGAGCACGGAGAAGACCGAUCUCUUCUGGGCUCUCCAGCAGGCCGGGCAGGCCUUUGGGGUUGCCACAGAGAUCGUCUUCAGGGUAUUUCCUGAGCGCAAACCGGGCGAAAUGCAUCCCAGCGGAAAUCUCGGACCAGGGCACAUUCAAGCAGUGGAAGACUCGACCGAGGAUCUAUCACGUUUACGCAAGUUGAAAAGACGGUAUGAUCCUGAUGGGGUGUUUGCCAGCCUGGAUCUCGUUUCGACUGAGACAGCCAGGUAG